CCCCCUGCCCGCGACCUGUUGUAUCAAAGGAGCGCGUGUAUGUGUCUCUGCAGUCUCGCGCCUCAUCUCUGCCCUCGUUCGGUUUGAGCCGGAUCCCACAUUUCGCAAGGUUAGCACGCGCAGGCUAACACGAUGUCGAGGGUGUACAUCGGAAGACUGAGCUACAGGGCCAGAGAAAAGGACGUGGAGAGAUUCUUUAAAGGCUACGGGAAGAUACUCGAGGUCGACCUGAAAAACGGGUAUGGGUUUGUUGAAUUUGAUGACCCACGUGAUGCAGAUGAUGCUGUGUAUGACUUGAACGGCAAGGAGUUAUGUGGGGAGAGGGUCAUUGUGGAGCACACCAAAGGACCACGCCGGGAUGGAGGUUAUGGUGGUAGUGGAGGCGGCGGAGGCGGCAGCAGCAGUGGCGGAGGAGGAGGUGGUGGUGGUGGUGGAGGAGGAGGUGGAGGUGGUGGCGGCGGCAGCGGGGGUGGUGGAAGAAGUGGAUACGGCCGCUGGGGAAGAGACCGAUACGGUCCGCCCAUAAGAACUGAUUAUCGGCUCAUUGUUGAGAAUCUUUCCAGCCGCUGCAGCUGGCAGGACUUGAAGGACUACAUGAGGCAGGCAGGGGAGGUGACUUAUGCAGACACCCAUAAGGGCAGGAGGAAUGAGGGGGUGAUCGAGUUCAGGCUCUACUCGGACAUGAAGAGGGCACUGGAGAAGCUCGACGGCACCGAAGUGAACGGCAGAAAGAUCCGGCUGAUCGAGGACCGCCCCGGGGCCAGACGCAAGCGCUCAUAUUCUCGCAGUCGCAGCCAUUCCAGGUCUCGCUCCAGGAGCCGCAGGUCUCGAAAGAGUCGCAGCCGCAGUGACAGCAGCAGUCGCAGCCGCUCCCGCUCCAGAGCGGCGUCCCACUCCCGCAGCCGAUCCCGUAGCAAGAAGAACAAGAUCAAGGGCAAGAAGGAGGAGGAAGAGCGGAGCAACGGCGCCCCGAAGAAGGAGCGCAGCAGGAGCCGCAGCUCCAAGAGCAGGAGCUCUCAAGAGCCGCAGAGUAAAAAGGGCAAGAAAGACGGGAAGAAGAACAAGAAGGAUGAGUCCAGGUCUCGUUCUCGCUCUCGCUCCAGGUCUCGUUCCAGAUCCGGGAUGAAGGAUCGCUCCAGGAAAUCCGGCUCAAAGGGCCGCGAGCCACCCAAGAGCGAAGACGAGGGAGGCGAGGCCGAGCGGGGCUCCCGUUCUCGUUCCCGCUCCCCCGCUGAAUCCAAAGCCAGAGCCCGGUCUAAAUCAAAGUCCAAAUCCCGUUCCCCCUCCCCCGCCAAAGCCCAUUCCCGCUCCGCCUCCCGCUCCGAGUCCCGCUCCAAAUCCCGCUCCCAGUCUCGUUCCCGCUCCCGUUCUCGCUCAUAGUUCCAACUUUGGACUGUUUUGUCUUGAGUAUUCGUCCCAGUGUCUCCGCCCGCCCGACAUUCCCCAUCUACC